AGAGGAUGUCAUUUUUCCAACAUUUAGCGGUAGUCAUGUUAUCUCAUUCCAUAAUAGAGAGUUGUUUUGUAGAGUGUUAGAGAGAGGGUGGUUUGUUAACGAGCAAGGUUGCAAACCGGUUUAUACCGUUGUGCCGGUUUGGCAAAUGGAAUGAUACGACCGGUGGUAUAAUCAGUUCAUGCCGGUUUAAAAAAAUGUGAAAACAAUUAAUAUCUCAUGUAUUUAAUCAUAUAUAAAACAUAUUUGUGGACAAUUUAGUUAUAAUCCAACAAAUAUCAUCAACUUUUAACUAUUACAUUCAUAAAAUGAAUAAUAAAUUAAUUUUUUUAUUCAUUAAACUCAUAAAAUGAUGUCAUUUUACUUAGAAUGCGUAAAUCGAUUAUACCAGUCAUACCGGUGGUGUCAUGCCGAUUUCAUGACCGACACAGGUUGAACCAGGUUCAACCGAGUGGCAUGCCACCGGCGUGACAACCAUGUUAACGAGAGAUUAAUUGGAUUGGAGAUUGGCUCCAUAUACAGUUGAGCCUAAUUAGUGAUCAAUAUUGGGCCAACAAAACUCAAACCCAACUCGGAGAUUAAAUCUGUCAGAAGCGAGCUCAACUUAAUCCAUCGUAUUGGGCUAGAGAUGCGGGCUGGGCCUUUGUCACCCAAUGAACCAAAUAAGCUUCCUCAACUGCUUCGUCCGAGAACGGGCUGGGUCGAGACAUGCUAGCUUUCGCCCAAGCUUUGGGCCACCUAAUUUCCGUUUUAGUUGGGCUUUCGAGCUUUUAUGUACAUACUACAUUUACACAUAAUAUACGGGUUGAAUCCGGUCCUUAAGCCUCACUGUUUAAAGAGGUUCUUAAACCAUUUUUAUUGGCCGAUACUAGAUUAGGUAGUUAAUGAGAGGUUAGUAGUAAAUAAAUAAGAUAUUAUGAAAAUAUAAUUAAUAUUAUUCAUUAAUGAUUCUCUUUCUCUCUCUCCCUUGAUCUUCUCCAUAACCAUCUCUCUCCACUAGAAUUAAAAGGAAAUUCGAAAUUAAUUUAAUUAAAUAUUAUUAUUUAAUAUUUAAUAAAUCCGAACUUAAUAUUUUUUAUUUUUUAAAAUGAAAAUUGAAAUUAAAAAUAUAUGCUCUUUCACUUCGUGGAAACUUGCAAUACAGUAUUAACAUUUUGCAAUGACAUUAUCAACAUUUAUGAAAUGAAUCGUUAUUAUUAUACCUCAUCAUUAUUAACAACUUCAAUAUACUUAUCAAUUCCUUACAAUUACAUUAUUAACAAUUUUGGAUCAAUUGUUACUAUUUUAUAGUUUCAUCAUCAACGCCUAUGAAUGAAUCAUUAAAGUUAUGUAACAUAGUCAUUAAUAGUUUGAAUAACAAUAUCAUUGAUUUACAACAUCUUUAGUACUAAUGAUUCACAUUUUCACAUCAUGUUUAUAACUAUAUAGUCAUGGCGGACAUCGGUUGGGCGCCUCCUGCGGAAGGUUGGGUUAUGGUGAACGCGGAUGGGGCUUCUAAUGGAAACCCGGGGCCAGCCGGUGCUGGUGGGGUGGUGCGAGGCCCACUGGGAAACUGGUUGGGAGGUUUUGUGGCAGGAAUUGGCACGACAACUGCCGUUCUAGCGGAGCUAUGGGCCAUUUACUAUGGUUUGGAGCUCACUUGGAAUCUCGGUCACCGGGUGGUGAAGUUAGCUUCGGAUUCUCAGCUUGCGAUUCGGCUGAUUCAGGAACGUCAUGAUCCCAUUCAUCCUUAUGCGACCCUUUUGAACCUUAUUCGCAGGAAAAUCGGGCAAGAUUGGUUGGUUAGCUUGACUCAUACUUAUCGCGAAGGGAAUAGAGUCGCGGACUGGCUCUCGAAGCACAGUCUCGUCUAUCCCUACGGUAUGCAUGAGUUAGAUGACCCACCUAUAGGGGUUAUCCCGCUGCUGCAAGAUGAUGUGAUGGGUGUUACCUUUGAGCGCCGGGUUGUGGCGACCUCCUCCUCUACUAUCUAGUCUACCUCUGUAAUCCCUCUCUUUCUUGGCUUCGGCCUCCCUUGGUAUCCCCAAAAAAAAAAACUAUCUAGUCAUGGCAUCUUCCAAUGAUUUCUAAUGACAUUAUUAAUGUUUUAUGAUCAAUUAAUAUUGCUUUACAUUAUCAUUCUCAAUGAUCAUAAAGCACAAUACUAAUUUUCAACAUCUUGGGUACUUGUGUCAUAGUGCACCUGUGUGAUUCAGUCAAACAAACAUUGUCCAGAAAAAUAUUAGCUCAAGCAAACCAACAUUCACACAUCAACACCAAACUUUUAAUAACAAUACAAUAAAUCAUUGAUAAAGAAAAGUAUUUCGUUGAAUAUAAACACAAAACAUCAAUGUAAAAAUGUCUGACUUCAACAUUAUAAAUCACAUCAUACUUUUAAUAAAGAUAUUAAAAACCAUUAAUAUCGAAUGAUCAAGUCACUGAUAAGGAAAUAGAUUUUUGUAAUAUAAAAAUAUUUUCUAAUAUUCAGAUGCAAUGUUUAAUGUCAAAUAGCACUAAAAAUGCAUUAAUAAGUAGCAUGUGUUUAAUGGAUAAUGCAUCCAAAAACUUUGAUAAUUAUAGCAACUAAUGAUUGUUAAGUACCUUAUUAGAUAUUAUUAAUAUCUUAUUUUCAAACAUUGAUAAUGCUUAUACACGCCUAUUAAUAAUGACACCAAACUACGUUACUAACUUAGACUGAAAGAUUAAUAACCAUAGUUAUAUCAUUAAACGUAAAUUCACUUUUGAUAAUGUCAUAAACAAACGAAUAUCUAACAAGUAUGCUUCUUGAUGAUGACAUUUGACAAAGUUACAAACAUAAACGAAAAAAUAUUAAUAAUUCAAAUCACUAAACAUAAGCAAUCUUACAAAUGAAUUAAAUUUUUGCUAAUAGUUGUAUUGUGCUUGGAAAAAAAUAUUGAUAAUAGCACUUCAAAUGAUUUUAAAUCAUUGCGAACCAAAUUGAUAAUACGAUGUAAUAGUAAAUAAACUUCAAGUACCAACAAAUUGAAAACACAAAUUCACUUUUACUAAUGUUACAAACAAAACAUAACAUAAAAAGUUAAUAAUGUUAUAUAAAAUUAUUAAAAAACAUGUCGAACAACAUUAAUAAUAACACAAACGAAUACCUAACAACAAAAAAUCUCAAACUCAUGCAAUGAAAAGCCCUAAUGAUGACUCAAUUUAUAAAUAUUGAUAAUGUCAUUACAAAAUGUUAAUGCUUAAUACUAAUCGGAAGUUGCCAAGAUGUGAGAGAGACAUAUAUUUUAAAUUUCAAAUUUCCAUUUUAGAAAAAGAAAAUUAUUAAAUUCGGAUUUUAUUAAAUAUUAAAUAAAAUUAAUUUCAUAUUUCUUUUUAAUUAUAAUGUAGAGAGAGGGUUAUGGAGAAAAUCAUGGGAGGAGAGAGAAAGAGAAUCAUUAAUUAAUUAUAUUCAUUUUAAUUAUAUUUGCAUAACCUUAUUUACCCUAACUACCUAUUAACUACUAACCCCCAUUAACUACCUAAUCCACUAUCAGCCAAUAGGAAGGCUUUAAGAUUUUCCUUAAGAAAUGAGGCUUAAGGACUUGAACUCAAGCCCAUAAUAUAAUAUGCCGAAGGAAUAAACGGGAGCCCCAUUUCAAAUUUCCUGCAACGAGAGUGAAUGUAGGAAGGACAUUUUGGUCUUCACAAUUACUUUUUUUAUUCAUUAAAAGACACGAACUGGGAUUCAAACCAUGACCAUUUUAAAGAAAAGCAAGGAUCAUAACCAAUCACACUAAGUACAUUCAUUGUAUCUUUUUAAAUUAAAAACAUAUAAUAGCAGGGAGAAAAAAACUCUUCCCUCAUUUCAAAUUCCCUGCUCCAGGAGCGUUUGUAGGAAUGGUAGAAUAGAGUGUCAAUUUUUUU